CAUGUCUGACGAAGAUAAACGAACUUGCUGGUGGCGUGAAGCGAUUGUCUAUCAAAUCUGGCCGAAAUCAUUCUACAGCGGCCGUGGAACGCCAACAGGAGAUAUCGCUGGUAUUAUUGCCAAGCUUGAUUAUUUGAAAUCGUUGGGCAUCAAUACGAUUUGGCUUUCACCGCAUUAUGCUUCGCCAAUGAUUGAUGAGGGUUAUGAUAUUUCAGAUUAUGAAGAUAUCAACCCAAUCUUUGGAACGGUACAAGACACCGAACAUCUCAUCAAAGAAUGUCAUUCGCGCGGUUUACGCAUCAUUUUUGAUUUGGUCAUCAACCAUACAUCCGAUCAACACAAAUGGUUCUUGGAAUCGCGCUCUUCAAAAGAAAACCCUAAACGUGAUUGGUACAUCUGGCGUCCGGCACGCUAUGUAGAUGGCAAACGAAUGCCACCAACCAAUUGGGAAAGUGCUUUCAGUCAAAGUACAUGGGAAUGGGAUGAAAAGACUGAGGAGUACUAUCUACACAUGUUUGCCGUCGAACAGCCCGACUUGAACUGGAGAAACACUGAUUGUAGGAGUGCAAUCUUGAAAAGUUCAAUGGAAUUUUGGCUUGAACGUGGCUUGGAUGGUUUCAGAGUUGAUACUUGUUCACUUUACGCAAAACCUGAACAACUUGUCGACGCUCCAAUCACCAAACCUGGCUAUUUGCAGACCGCAUGGGAUUUGAUCGUUGAUGGAGAACGUAUCCACGAAUACUUGGGCAUGAUGGGUAAACUUUUGGCAAAGUAUGAUGCAAUGACGGUGGGUGAGCUGAGCAGGUUGCCUAAUAAAGAAGUUCUCAAGUAUAUCAGCUUUGCUCGUAAUGAACUCUCAAUGGUUUUUGCCCCGGAUGUUGCUCUCGUUGGCAUGGAUGGGCAAGAAGGGCAUUUCAAGACUGCUCCUUGGAAUGUUGCUCAAAUUGCAACCAAUACGGAAAAGCUGCAAACCCUUUUCGAUGACAAUGACGGUUGGACAACAUCCUUUUUGGAGAAUCAUGAUCUCGGCAGGAGUGUAUCACGCUUUGCAAGUCAUGCUGAAAAGCAUCACGCAGAUGCAUGCAAGAUGUUGAGCUUAUAUACGACUCUCUUGUCGGGAACACCUUUCUAUUAUCAAGGACAAGAGAUCGGUAUGACAAACGUGCCACUGGAAUGGGAUCUUUCCGAGUAUUUGGAUAUUGCCACAGUAAACUUUAUCAAAGCUCUCCGUGAAAGUGGUAAAUCUGAUAAAGAUAUCGAAAAGUUCAAACCCAAUAUCAACCUCUUAGCCCGUGACAAUGCUCGCACGCCCGUUCAAUGGACUGAUGGACCAAAUGCCGGCUUUACGAAAGAAGGUGUCAAGCCAUGGAUGAGGGUGAACGAUAAUUUCAAAACAAUCAAUGUGGCAAGUCAAAUCGAUGACCCGAAUAGCAUUUUGAACUUUUAUCGCAAAGCUAUCGAAUUGCGUAAGAAGUAUCCCGCUCUAUUCGUUUAUGGAAAGUACUCUAAUGCGUUGGAUUACAGCGACCCAAAGAGUGAUGAAAAGGUGUUUGCCUUUGUAAAGGGUUUGAGGAAGGAUGCGUCUGCUGAUGGCCAAAAACGGGCAAUCGUGCUCUUGAACUUUAGCGAUCAAGAGCAAGGUGUCAAAAUUACCGGUUUGGAAAGUGGAAAGGUUGCAUUAUCCUCACAUGACGAAGUGAAGCCUGAUGCUCUUUUGCAGCCAUACGAAGGCCGUGUUUUGCUAUUCUCUAACUAA